GAGGUGCAUUCUGGGAGAAAAUGAUUGACAUCGCGGCCAUUUUGGCUCUGGCCGCCCCGCUCCCAUUGUGUGUGAGAUAGUAAAUACUGACACUGCCAGACAAGCCGAGCACAUAUUUCACCGCGCGAAUUAAAACACGUUCACCUGAGGUGAUAUUGAUUAACAAUGGCCCGUACUAAGCAGACUGCUCGUAAGUCCACCGGAGGAAAAGCUCCUCGUAAGCAGCUGGCUACCAAAGCUGCCCGCAAGAGCGCUCCCUCAACUGGAGGAGUCAAGAAACCUCACCGCUACAGGCCCGGUACUGUGGCUUUGCGUGAGAUUCGUCGGUAUCAGAAGUCCACUGAGCUGCUGAUCCGUAAGCUGCCAUUCCAGCGCCUGGUUCGAGAGAUUGCCCAGGACUUCAAAACUGAUCUGCGUUUCCAGAGCGCCGCCAUUGGUGCACUGCAGGAGGCCAGUGAGGCAUACCUGGUUGGUCUGUUUGAAGACACUAACCUGUGUGCCAUCCAUGCCAAGCGUGUCACCAUCAUGCCCAAAGACAUCCAGCUGGCACGCCGCAUCCGCGGAGAGCGCGCUUAAACUCACCCCUUCUUUCUAUUGCCCUCUUUAUUUCUUUCUGUCUCUCCACUUGUUCUCCUCCUGCUUUUCUUGGUAGAGUUUAGAGUAUCAGUGAUGGGGAGUAACUGUGUCUCAGUCUGCUAGUGCUGUCUAAAUGACGCGUAGGGUACCUAUAUGUGCAUGUAACAGGUGCUGUUGAUCACACACGCGCACACACAUUCAUGCACACAAACACACAGACACGCAUACACACACACACACACAUAUACUCAUACAUUCACUUUUGGAGCGUAAACGAGGUUCACCCCUGCCCGCUUUAGGGCCACACAUUUAACACGCAUGUGAAGAGAAGAAGUCUCACCCUGCGCUCACACUUACUCUGCUGUCCAGAGAGAAAACAGGGUGGUGUCUGGGGUCAGUCUGCUUAAGGGGAGCGGAAACUUCCACAGCAGGGUGCUACUAAAACUGCCUCAGUCCACCUUAUUGAAACCUGUCCUCACCAGUCCUCAAACUCGCAUAUGUUUUUAAUCUCACCUCAUUUGCCCUCACCUUCCUGUCCCCCUCAAUCUGUCCAGUUCUUACAUGUCCCGCUUGAAUCCUUACUUGGCCCUUCAAAGUGGAGGUUGGUGUGGGGUCGGACUUCUUCUCUGUGUGAGUGUCUGUGGGUGAUGUGAUCAGCAAAGCAGAAUCGUAUUCAACUGCAAACCAGCAUCUAUUGGUUAAAAAGUUGUUACUUGUAAUAUUGAUGAUUGCUAUUACUGUCGAUAUGGUGUCUUUUUUUUUCUUUUUCUUUUUUUUUUUUUUUUUACAAUGCAUACAUGAAUUGUUCUUUAGGGAAAAAAAGGAUUAAUCCGCAGAGAUUUUUUGAAUUCGUUUUAUUUUUCCUUUUUCAUAUUGUAGUGAAAGCCGAUCCUGCUCCUCCUGUUAUAACUUCAGGCAGCCACAGGGGGGCGCUCUAAACCAGCCUCUCAUUCAACCUCACUGUUCGACUAACAUCCUGCUCUCCCUUCCUUUCUUCAUCUCUCUCUUUUUCUGUCUCUCGUUUCCACUCUUCCAAUUCCAGUUUUGUCAAAUUAAAGAUCGGCAUUAGAGUCACAGAGUGUAGCAAAAAAUAUUCUUUUACGUUUAAUACUCUAGUACUGAGUCUUUCACUUCGUUUGGGUAGAACUUUGCUCCUUCCCUCUAUUCGUGAUACACAAUGUAACCUCAUGUUUGUGCUUCUUUUAUUUUUCUUAUUCGGAAAUUUAAAUAAGCUGAUCUUUGUAUUUUCCAAAUUUCUCAUAUUCUGGUGGUAAUAAAUAGAUGUUACACAAA